AUGAAGGUAAGGAUAAUUCGUCGAUGGAUCAAUCCGGUGCAGAAGCUGGAGAUGGUUUUGGUUGACGAGAAGGGUGGGAAGAUUCAAUGUUCAGUGAAAAAAGAUCUGGUUCCUAUCUUUGAUCACCAGAUCAAAGAGGAUAUGGCUGUGUUGAUUAAGAGGUUUGGUGUUGGUCAGUCUGAUGACCCUUUCCCUGUGGUCAAAAAUAAUUUGAAGUGUAAUUUUUACAGAAGCACCGAGGUGCAGGCUGGUGUCCCUUUCAGUGGUGAUCCAUAUGCCUUUUCAUUCUUGCCUUUCGAUGAGAUUACUGUUAAAAAAGCUAGAGAUGACGACACAUUGAAUAUUGGUUAG